AUGGGUGUCGAGAGAAAGAUCAUCACCCGCGGUAGCGGCCCCUCGCCUGCUUCCGGCGACAAGGUCUCGAUCCACUACACCGGCUGGAUCUACGACGCUAAGAAGGCCAACAAGGGCUUCCAGGGCAAGCAGUUUGAUAGUUCUAGAUCGCCGGGUCGUGGCCCUUUGAGUGUGCAGAUUGGGACUGGAAAGGCUAUCAAGGGCUGGGAUGAGGGUGUCAUGCAGAUGAGCCUGGGCGAGAAGUCCACUCUGACUAUUACUCCGGACUAUGGCUACGGUGACAAGGCUGCUGGCAAGAUCCCUGCAAACUCUACCCUCAUCUUCGAGGUUGAGCUUCUUAAGAUCAACUAA